UUUUUAAAGUGACAAUUGAGGCUCAAAUUUGUCGUAUGUUCAGGUAUAAUUUUUUUUAAAAUUAUUUUUAUUACGUGUCAUAUUCCUAUUAGACGAAACUAAAACGUUUGCCCUUUAGUUAAACCCGUCCCUACCAAACAUAUUCAACUUAUUCAUAAAAUAUACAAAUUAUUUAUUUGUUCACCACAACAACAAAUUGUUAUUGUAUUUGUUCAUUUUUUGUUAUUUUUUUCAUAACAAUUUACCCUUUUUGAACCAAUUAGCAGCCUUAAUUUUAUUUUUCGUUGUUUUUGUUCAUGACAUUAAUUUCGUGUCCUUGUGGUGGACAAACAAAAUAGUUUAUAUGGUUUAUGACAAAGUUGGGUGAACAAAUAAAAUAAUAAUUUUAUUUUUUGCUGUUUUUCUGGUGAACUAAUAAAUUAUUUGUUAUAAACAAAUACAAUAAUUUGUAUGUUUUAUGACAAAGUCGGGUAUGUUUGGAUUUUACUUUCAUCCAAUAGAAAUAUGACAUGUAAUAAAUAAUAAUUAAACAAAAAAAACUUAUACCUGAGCAUAAGAUAAAUUUAAGCCUCAAUUGUAACUUUAGAAAGAAAAUAAUAAAGAUAAAACUAAACGUUAGUAAAUUUUCUAUAUGGAAAUAAUAUUUAGAUUUCAAAGAAGAAAUAAUAAUAUUAGAAUUUUGAGAAACACAAGUGGCGUCUUUGCCUUCUUAUGGUUUGAAAAUAUUGAAAUGCCAUUUAAAAAGUUUAGACAAUUUUUUUGCGCAGAGUGCCCUUCUUUUGGGCUGGUCUUUAUAUUUUGCCCUUCAUUUAUGCCUUCUUUAAUUUUUGCCCCUGCCGCCUGUUUAAUGAAUAUUUUUUGACGAAAUUACCCUUACCCCAUUAAAACCCUUUCUAUUUCGUCAUUUGCCCUUUUCUUUUCUUUUUUUGCUUCUUCGUUCCUCAUCUGUUUUGUGUCUGUCUUAUCUGUUCUAAAAUUUAGGUACGAAUUUGGAUAUUUUGCUUGUUUCAAUAUUUGUUUUUAUGUUGAAUUGAUAUCUUUGUCUUUGUCGUUUUUUAUAUUUAAUUGAUCCUUUUUUAUUUAAAAUUAUAGUGUUUUUGUUACAGUGUCUGUAUGAUUUUUUGAACUUUAGUUUCGUUCCCCAUGUAUAUAUUCUGGUUUUUUGAAUGUCGUAUUAUGAAUGUCGUAAUAUGUUUUAGUUGAUUUUGAUAUGUGUUUUGGUUUUCUCUUUGUUGAAUCUUUGAAGUUUUGUAUGUGAACAACUGUUUUAUGUUGUUGCUGUUGUUUUUGUUUAGUAAUCUAGGUUUUGUGAAGAAUGUGUUUGUCUGAGGCAACAUAUGCCGGGUCCGGCAGAGUUGUUGCUUUUUGAAACUGAAGUUAUGCCGGUUCCGGCAUAAAGUUAUGCCUGUUCCGGCAUAAAGUUAUGUCUGUUCCGGCAUAACUUCAUGAAUUAAGUUAAUUUAUGUGUGUCUUGGUUUUUUGGUGUUGUCUUGUUAAUAAUUUUGGUUUUUAUGCAAUCUUUAUGUGUUUUGGUGUUGUUUUGUUAAUAAUGUUGGCCUUUUAUGCAAUCUUAUGUGUUUUGGUUCUUUCUUCUAUUAUGCAGGUAUUUGUGUACCAGUCUAGGGGCUGAUUUUUUAUCAUGGAGGAACAUCCCUUGGUUAAGUUUGAACAUUGGGUUGAAGGAGGUGGCAUGUGGAGUGGUGAUUUUCAUUUUCGGAGUUUGAUUUUGUCCUUUUUGAGUGUCUCUCAAUUGGAGUUGUUGAAAAAGGGUGUGUUUGGACAGUUUAUGGAUUUGGUUGAUGUCCGCCUGAGUGAUAGUAUUUUCUAUUGCUUGAUCUUAUCGCAACUUACAUCUAGUAAUGAUAGUGCGUUAAAGUUUAAGAUUUUUGAUCGCGUGUGUGUAUUUGAUUCCGAGUCUUUCCGUCUUAUUACUGGGUUGGAUUCUUGUGUUGGCGAUUUUAGUGUUGUGUCUAGCAGACCAAAUAGAUUGUUGAGACUUUAUUUUCCAAAUCAGGAUAGAAUAAGGUUGUGUGAUCUCAGGAGUUUUUUACAGAUCAAGUCAAGUAAUCGUACUGGUGGUUUUUGGGAAAGAUCUAGUGAUCCUAUUAGACUUGCUGAGGUCUAUAUAUUGGAGAGGGUUUUGUUGGGUCGUAACGAGAAAUGUGUUGUUAAAGGUCAUCUAAUGAAGAUAAUUGACGAUGACAGUCUUCGGGUGUCUUAUCCUUGGGGUUCUCUUAGUUUUAAUUGGUUGGUACGGUCGAUUCGUGGUUGUGUGAAGACUUUCAAGAGCACGCCAUCUACACGUUAUAUGAUUAGUGGUUUCCCUUACGCUUUAAAUGUGUGGCUGUUGGAGGUUUUCCCUAUCUUUCGAGGGUUUUCAAGUUUUCAUGGUCUGAAGUCUCCUCGUAUGUUGUCUUGGGGUCCUUCAAAGCAAGUUGAUUAUAAAGUUAUUACUGAUAAUUUCUUCCAUGCUGAAAAAAGAUUCAAGAAAUUUAUUGUCCAUGCUGUUGUUGUUGGUACGGAACAAGAGAUGCUGGAUUAUCCAGUUGCACUUAAAUUUCCUGAUGAUUCAGGACCUUGUUCUUCCCGUGCGGUUUUGCCAUCUGAAGUUACUUCUCAGAUAGUUGAUGGUGUUUUGUCUAGUGUGAAGAAGCAACUUGAUGAUGAACGAUCUACAAUUGUCAAUCAAGUAAAGUCUUUGGAUAGCCGUUUCGAAGAAUUGGAUAAAAAUUUUGUUGGCGCGAUUAAUGCUGUGGAUAGCUUAGUUCGUAUACAUGAUGAAACAAAGUCAGGUGUAGCAGCUUCUGAAAGUGCUAAAAGAACUUGUUUAGAAAGUAGACUUGAUAGUUUGGAAAGUAAAUUUGAUUAUGUGAUGCAUUGUGUUGAAAGUUUAGUUCGACUGCAUAGCGAAAAGAAAUCUUGUAAAGCAAGGUCUACAAAAAAUGAGACAUCUCCCAUGCUCGAUAUGCUCUGUGAUGCUGCUGUUUCUUCAUCAAGUCAAUUGUCUGAUAAAACUCAAACUAUUUCUCAGUUUGAAAAGGAAUAUGUGAAAGAAAAUAAAGACCGCACAAAAAAAGAAGCACUUAAUGAAAUUGCUGCAAUUAAUGAUGCUUUUCAACGCGGAGAUAUUUUGUUUUCUUCUAAUGAAGCAUCACAAAAUGUAAAUGAAGUAGCAGCUGCUGUUGAAGAUAGUAGAAAACGUCCAAGAUGCGAAGAUGGAAACAAAGAAGAAGAUGGUAGUAGAAAACGUCCGAGAUGCGAAGAUGGAAACAAAGAAGAUGAUGGUUAUCCUAAUUGGUAUUUGCUUACACCAAGCAGUACUCCAGUUGAGAAACGGUUGAGUUCUGCUGCUGAAGAUAUAUACUGUACUGCAGAAGAGUUAGGAAAGUGAAUUGAUUUUUUUGUUGUUAUUUACGGCAAGGGUUAUGUUAUUGUGUUUUUCCCUUUUUCGAAUAGUGUAUAUGUAAAUUGGUCUUUCAUUUCUGUACAUAUAAUGAAGUUUCACUUUUUCAAA